CCUCCAGACUGCCUACCACCCGGGAGGAGAUACUCCUCCCCCUUUGGUGCCGGUAGCCUCCUCACCCUGUCGCCCUUUGUCGCCUUGGCACCUUCACUCUCGUUCCUUCCCUUCAGGCUGCUCUAUUGACCACACCGCCUCGCCAGCACCAGAUUAGACGAGCGCCUUCAGACCCCAUCCAUCUGGCUUUGUCGUCUGUACCAUCUCACCUGUCCACAUCAACUCUGUCCAUUCAGUCUGCCAUCCGCCUCCAUUCAACAUCGUCAUCACAAUUCAAGCCAGGCCCUCCUCCCCAUCUCCUCUCAGGGGUUUCCUUCCUGGUCACCCUGAAUGUCCUCUACACCUGCCUCACUCAGCCUUAGCCCCAGGCCUCGCUGUCAUUGCUCCUUUGUUGUCUCUCCAGCUGUCCCCUGGUUGUCCUUAAAGCUGUCCCCUGACCUCUAGUCAUCCUUUUACCUCAUGAAUGCCAAACCCUAGCCCAGAAUUCCCAUUGCCUCUGGCCAGAGACACCCUGCCAGCUCUGUUCCGGCAGUCUUUAGGAUGAGGCCUAGCCUUCUGUCAGCCUGACCAUCCCCUUUCUAUCCAGCUGGUCUGCUCUGUUCCCACUGAUGACUGUGGCCUCGUCUGUCCUGUGCUCUUCUGUCCCUCCUGCCCUCAGCCUAUGGGACCCUCAUCCUUUUCUUCCCCAGCAGGUGCCCUGGCAGAGUCAUGGAGCUGAGCACCAAAAAGAAACUUCACGCCCUGUCCCUGGCUGAGAAAAUCCAGGUGCUGGAACUCCUGGAUGAGUCCAAGAUGUCCCAGUCAGAGGUGGCCCGGCGCUUCCAGGUCUCCCAGCCCCAGAUCUCACGUAUCUGCAAGAAUAAGGAGAAGCUCCUGGCAGACUGGUGUAGUGGCACAGCCAACCAUGAGCGCAAGCGGAAGCGCGAAUCCAAAUACAGUGGAAUUGAUGAGGCUCUACUCUGCUGGUACCACAUCGCCCGAGCCAAGGCCUGGGAUGUCACAGGGCCCAUGCUGCUCCACAAGGCCAAGGAGCUAGCCGAUAUCAUGGGCCAGGAUUUUGUGCCCAGCAUUGGUUGGCUGGUCCGCUGGAAACGCCGCAACAAUGUGGGCUUUGGGGCUCGCCAGGUCCUUGUUCCUCUGUUCCCUCCUGAACCACCUCCCCCAGGGCUUCCGUCCCAGGCCCAGCCACCACUUUCCCUUAAAGACUUCUCACCAGAAGAUGUGUUUGGCUGUGCCGAAGUGCCCUUGUUGUAUCGGGCAGUGCCUGGCAGAGUGUUUGCAUGUGAUCGCUUGCAGGUACUGCUGUGUGCCAACAGCAGAGGCACAGAAAAGCGAAGGGUAUUUGUGGGUGGGCUCCAGGCUGUCCCAAGAUGCUUCUUUGGAGUCAACAGUGAGGCACUACCUGCCUCUUAUCACCCUGAUCUAGCCAUCCCCUGGUCAGAGUGGCUGGCACAGUUUGACCAGGACAUGGGACAGCAGGGCCGACAGGUAGCCUUGCUGCUGGCUGCCGGAGUAUUGGAGGAAUGGGCCAACCUUCCUGGACUCCACCACGUGCGACUCCUGCCUCUCUCAGCCUCCAGCACCACCCCUUCCCUGCCUGGCUCUGUGGUUUUGGCCUUUAAGGCCCAUUACCGUCACCGUCUGAUGAGCAAACUGGCUGCCAUGCGGAGCGGGAGAGAGGGCACCUCACUGGCUGAAGCGAGGGCCAGCCUCACAGUGUUAGAUGCUCUGCAUAUGGUGGCAGCAGCUUGGGCCAAGGUGCCACCUCAGCUUAUUCUGAGCAGCUUCAUUCAGGAAGGGCUCACUCCAGGCAAAACACCGCCGUCUCUAGACAAAGACACAGAGAUGGCUCUGGUCCCUAGUGUACUGAGUCAGGAGGAGUUUGCCCACUUUGUGGACCUGGAGGAUGAGGGCCCAGGCCCUGGGAUGUGCAAAGAGGAGACUGGUACUGAAGACAGUGGGAGGGAGGAUGAGGGCUUUGAGUCCCUGCCCACCAAAGCUGAUGCCCUCAGGGCACUGUGCACCUUGAGGAGGUGGCUUGAAUGUAACAGCACCUCUCCAGAGCUCUUUGAAAAAUUUUACGACUGUGAGGUGGAGGUGGAGCAGCUCUGCUGUCUGUGAGGAAGCAUGGUGGCCUGCAGAAUUGCCCUCUCCUGUUUCCCAUGGAAACACCUCUCCAGAGGCAGACUGGCUCUUUCCUGUGGAAAUAACAUGUGGAGGGUGUAGAAGGGAAGGGAGCGUGGACACAGAGUCGAAGGUCAGCAUAAAAGUUAUUCAAGCCCAGACCCUGGAGUCUCUACAGAUGGGGCCUCAAGAAUGGGGAUCUGGGCUGUGGAGAUUCUAGGCGAGCCCUGCAGAGGGUUAGUCUAGAAAGGCCGGAAGU